GCGCGCGCCCGUGCAAUGCUCCGGGGGUGCAACGGGGCCGGGGGGCCCGGGCGGGACUUGCAGCAAUCCAGGGGGCCAGCACCGGGGGCGGAUGAGGGGACCAGGGGGUGGGAGGUGGGGGGAGUGGGCGCGGAGGCGCGCGUGCCGCUGCCCGCUGCCCCUGAGUGGGCGUCGGGCGCCGGGGCCCCGGGAGCACGCGCGAGGGGCACGAGGGGCCGCCCGCCGGGCUGGGGGGCAGCGGGCUCCGGAGGGGUUGGUGCCCGGGGUCCCCGCGGCCUGGGGGACAAAGGGGGAGCGGCGCGUGCAGCCGGGAGGAGGGGGCGGGGCCGGGGCGCGGAGGCCCCGCCCCCGCCCCCUCCUCUCCUAUCGGCCCCGGAGAUGCGGGGUCUCCCGCGAGGGCGGGGGCUGAUGCGGGCCAGGGGGAGGGGACGUGCGGCCCCUCAGGGCAGCCGCGGCCGGGGCCGUGGCGGCCCCCACCGAGGGAGAGGUAGGCCCCGGAGCCUGCUGUCCCUUCCCAGGGCCCAGGCGUCCUGGGCGCCCCAGCUCCCCGCCGGGCUGACCAGCGCGCCUGUCCCCUGUCUGCCCUCUCAGGGGGACGCCCCCGCUGAGAUGGGGGCGCUGCUGCUGGAGAAGGAGCCAAGAGGAGGCCACGAGCGAGCAGUUCCCGGCUCUCUGGGGGACGCCCCUCAGUGCGAGGAGCCCCUGCCCAAGGCCAGCCCCAACUCCCUGGAGCCCGCCGGCCCCUCCUCUCCGGCUUCCGUCACUGUCACCGUGGGCGAUGAGCGGGCCGACACCCCUGUGGGGGCCACGCCGAUCAUCGGGGAUGAGCCCGAGAAUCUGGAGGGCGAUGGGGGCCGAGUCCUGCUGGGCCACGCCACCAAGUCCUUCCCCUCGUCCCCCAGCAAGGGGGGCGCCUGUGCCAGCCGGGCCAAAAUGUCAAUGACCGGGGCCGCAAAGUCGCCCCCCUCAGUCCAGAGUUUGGCAAUGCGGCUGCUGAAUAUGCCUGGAGCCCAGGGCACCGCAGCCUCGGGGCCUGAACCCCCUCCGGCCACCACGGUCAGUCCGGAGGGGCAGCCCAAGGUCCACCGCGCCCGGAAGACCAUGACCAAGCCAGGAAAUGGGCAGCCCCCGGUCCCUGAGAAGCGGCCCCCGGAAGUGCAGCAUUUCCGAAUGAGCGAUGACAUGCACCCCCUGGGGAAGGUGACUUCUGAUGUGGCCAAGAGGAGGAAGCUGAACGGCGGUGGCCUGUCGGAGGAGUUGGGUUCUGCCCGGGGUUCUGGAGGAGUGACCCUGGACAAAGGGGAUCCCAGGCCCCUGGAGGAGUGGGAGGCGGCGGUGGGGGAUGACUUCAGUCUCUACUAUGACUCCUACUCCGUGGACGAGCGUGUGGACUCCGACAGCAAGUCUGAAGUCGAAGCCCUGGCUGAGCAACUGAGUGAAGAGGAGGAAGAGGAGGAGGAAGAGGAGGAAGAGGAAGAAGAAGAGGAGGAGGAAGAAGAGGAGGAGGAGGAAGAUGAGGAGUCAGGCAACCAGUCAGAUAGGAGUGGCUCCAGCGGCCGGCGCAAGGCCAAGAAGAAAUGGCGAAAAGACAGCCCGUGGGUAAAACCAUCUCGGAAACGGCGGAAGCGGGAACCUCCACGGGCCAAGGAGCCUCGAGGAGUGAAUGGUGUGGGCGCCUCAGGCCCCAGUGAGUACAUGGAGGUCCCUCUGGGGUCCCUGGAGCUGCCCAGCGAGGGGACCCUCUCCCCCAACCACGCUGGGGUGUCCAAUGACACGUCCUCCCUGGAGACCGAGCGUGGCUUCGAGGAGCUACCCCUGUGCAGCUGCCGCAUGGAGGCGCCCAAGAUCGACCGCAUCAGCGAGAGGGCUGGGCACAAGUGCAUGGCCACCGAGAGCGUGGAUGGCGAGCUGUCCGGCUGCAACGCGGCCAUCCUCAAGCGGGAGACCAUGCGCCCAUCCAGCCGUGUGGCACUCAUGGUGCUAUGUGAGACCCACCGUGCCCGCAUGGUCAAGCACCACUGCUGCCCUGGCUGCGGCUACUUCUGCACAGCGGGCACCUUCCUGGAGUGCCACCCAGACUUCCGCGUCGCCCACCGCUUCCACAGGGCCUGUGUGUCCCAGCUCAAUGGCAUGGUCUUCUGUCCCCACUGUGGGGAGGAUGCUUCGGAGGCCCAGGAGGUGACCAUUCCCCGGGGUGACGGGGGCACCCCUCCGGCUGGCACUGCAGCCCCUGCACCCCCACCCCUGGCUCAGGAUGCGCCAGGGAGAGCAGAUACCUCCCAGCCCAGCGCCCGGAUGCGCGGGCACGGGGAGCCCCGGCGGCCACCUUGUGAUCCCCUGGCGGACACCAUCGACAGCUCAGGACCCUCCCUGACCUUGCCCAACGGGGGCUGCCUCUCAGCCGUGGGGCUUCCGCUGGGGCCGGGCCGUGAAGCCCUGGAGAAGGCCCUGGUUAUCCAGGAGUCGGAGAGGCGAAAGAAGCUGCGUUUCCACCCGCGGCAGCUGUACCUGUCUGUGAAGCAGGGGGAGCUGCAGAAGGUGAUCCUGAUGCUGUUGGACAACUUGGACCCCAACUUCCAGAGCGACCAGCAGAGCAAGCGCACCCCGCUGCACGCAGCCGCCCAAAAGGGCUCAGUGGAGAUCUGCCACGUGCUGCUGCAGGCAGGAGCCAACAUCAACGCUGUGGACAAGCAGCAGCGGACACCGCUGAUGGAGGCUGUGGUGAACAACCACUUGGAGGUGGCGCGUUACAUGGUGCAGCGAGGCGGCUGCGUCUACAGUAAGGAGGAGGAUGGCUCCACCUGCCUCCACCACGCAGCCAAAAUCGGCGACUUGGAGAUGGUCAGCCUACUGCUCAGCACGGGGCAGGUGGAUGUCAACGCCCAGGACAGUGGGGGGUGGACGCCCAUCAUCUGGGCCGCAGAGCACAAGCACAUCGAUGUCAUCCGCAUGCUGCUGACCCGGGGCGCCGACGUCACCCUCACCGACAAUGUGAGCCCGCGCAGGCCACCAGGGGAGGGGAUAGGGCAGAGUGCAAGUGGGGUUGGCUGGGGUUCGCUCACGGGCCCUUUCGGCCCACAGGAAGAGAACAUCUGCCUGCACUGGGCCUCCUUCACCGGCAGUGCCGCCAUCGCCGAGGUCCUGCUGAACGCGCGCUGUGAUCUGCAUGCGGUCAACUACCAUGGGGACACACCCCUGCACAUUGCAGCCAGGGAGAGCUACCACGAUUGUGUGCUGCUGUUCCUGUCCCGCGGAGCCAACCCGGAGCUGCGCAACAAGGAGGGGGACACAGCAUGGGACCUGACCCCGGAGCGCUCCGAUGUGUGGUUUGCACUCCAGCUCAACCGCAAGCUGCGGCUCGGGGUGGGAAACCGGGCCAUCCGCACAGAGAAGAUCAUCUGCCGGGAUGUGGCCAGGGGCUACGAGAACGUGCCCAUCCCCUGCGUGAAUGGUGUGGACGGGGAGCCCUGCCCCGAGGAUUAUAAGUACAUCUCGGAGAACUGCGAGACGUCCACCAUGAACAUUGACCGCAACAUCACCCACCUGCAGCACUGCACGUGCGUGGACGACUGCUCCAGCUCCAACUGCCUGUGCGGCCAGCUCAGCAUCCGGUGCUGGUAUGACAAGGAUGGGCGGUUGCUGCAGGAGUUCAACAAGAUCGAGCCCCCGCUGAUCUUCGAGUGUAACCAGGCCUGCUCCUGCUGGAGGAACUGCAAGAACCGCGUGGUGCAGAGUGGCAUCAAGGUGCGACUGCAGCUCUACCGCACAGCCAAGAUGGGCUGGGGUGUCCGUGCCCUGCAGACCAUCCCCCAGGGCACCUUCAUCUGCGAGUACGUCGGGGAGCUGAUCUCCGAUGCCGAGGCUGACGUGAGAGAGGAUGACUCUUACCUCUUUGACUUGGACAACAAGGAUGGAGAGGUCUACUGCAUCGAUGCCCGUUACUACGGCAACAUCAGCCGCUUCAUCAACCACCUGUGCGACCCCAACAUCAUCCCUGUCCGGGUCUUCAUGCUGCACCAGGACCUGCGGUUUCCACGUAUUGCCUUCUUCAGCUCCCGAGACAUCCGCACUGGGGAGGAGCUGGGCUUCGACUACGGCGACCGAUUCUGGGACAUCAAGAGCAAGUACUUCACCUGCCAGUGUGGCUCGGAGAAGUGCAAGCACUCAGCAGAGGCCAUCGCGCUGGAGCAGAGCCGCCUGGCCCGUCUGGACCCGCACCCUGAGCUGCUGCCGGAGCUCGGCCCCCUGCCCCCUGUCAACACCUGAGCAUGGACCACUCUGGCCCUGGGCCACCAGGCCACCAGCUCCCUGCUUGGUGCUCACACCACCACCUCCUCCCCCGCAGCCCUUCACACAUUCCCGCCGGCUCUGCAGGCCCUGGAGGUCUGUCAGCCCUGUCCCUGGAGCCGGCUUCUCACUACAGCCUGACUGCGGAGCCGGCCACAACCUUCACUGACGAUGGAUGAAUUGAAGUUGUGCCUCUGUGCCAACUGGAUGGCUUUUUCCUCAGUAAAAGUCCGUUUCGUAAUAAA